GGAACAGCAAGCUUGUCCAUCGCCUCGCCGCCAACAUGACCACCCACACUCCGACCAACUCUGCACCCUCGAUCUCCGUCUUCCCCACCCACAGGGUGUCGAAGAUUGAUCGGAACAUCUACAGUGGCUUCACCGAGCACAUGGGCCGAUGUAUAUACACUGGCAUCUACGACCCAACCAACCCCAACAAGGACCUGAUCACCACUGAGGGAUUUCGAAAAGACGUCCUCGAGGCCCUCCGACCGCUCGACAUCCCCGUCUUCCGAUACCCAGGCGGCAACUUCUGCGCGACGUACCACUGGCAAGAUGGCAUCGGGCCUCGCGACCAACGGCCCGCACGACCCGAACUGGCCUGGGGUAACAUCGAGUCCAACCACUUCGGCACCGACGAGUUCAUGGCAUGGUGCAAAGCGGUCAACGCGGAACCCUAUCUGUGUCUGAACUUCGGCACCGGCACGCUCGACGAGGCCAUGGCCUGGCUCGAAUACUGCAACGGCACCAAGGACACGUACUACGCCAAUCUGCGGCGCAAGAACGGCCACACCGAACCGUACAACGUCAAAUACUGGGCCCUGGGCAACGAGAUGUGGGGAGACUGGCAACUCAACCAGAUGACGCAAGAAGCCUAUGCCGACCGAGCGUUCCAAUGGGCAAAGGCCCUCAAACUGCUCGACCCGACCAUCCAACUCAUAUUAUGCGGCAAAGAGGGCCCGACAUCGUGGGACUACCACACGCUCAAGCACUGCCUGCGACCGGCGGGGCUGAGUGAUCUCGGCGAGGAACGAUUCCCGCUGGUCGACAUGCACAGCAUCCACAUAUACACCGCGAGCGAGGACCAUUACGAGAACGUGACGGCACCGCUGGCCGCCGAGCGCGCGAUCGAAGUGUGCUCGAGCCUGAUUGACCUGGCCUUUGUCGAGAACAAGCUCCCGCCCACCCAGAAGAGGCCGACCAUCUGCUUUGACGAGUGGAACGUGUGGUCGCCUCCGCGCGCGCCGGGCAGUGCCGGCGCCGAGGAAGUGUACACGCUCUCCGACGCGCUGGCCGUCGCGGUCUGGUUGAACGUGUUCGUCCGCAAGUCCAAGGACGUCGGCAUGGCGUGCAUUGCACAGAGCGUCAAUGUCAUCAGUCCGCUGAUGACCAACGAGAAGGGCAUCGUCAAGCAGACCACCUGGUGGCCGUACGAGUUGUUUUGCAGAUUCAUGAAGGGCCAUACGAUCGCUGUGCAUGUGGCGUGCGAUGCGUACACGGGCCCGACGAAGCCGAAUUGGGUGAGGGCGACAAAGGAAACGCCGUGGCUGGACGUCAGUGCUACAGUCGACGAUGACGGGUAUGUGACUGUCUGUGUGGUCAAUAUGCAUCUGGACUCGGACUUGAAAACUGCAUUUGCCGGCCCGGCGGGUGUGAAGGUCACGGUGUACUCAAUCACUGGGUCGGAUGCCAAGGGCACAAACAUGGCUGGCAAGGAGGAAGUGGGCAUGACCGAGUCCGAGUGGGAUUCAAGCAAGGACGCAGAUUUUGUGUUCCCAAAGUGUUCCGUCACAAUGUUGAGAUGGAAGAUCACAUAGAUCAGGGGCAUCGUGUUCGAGUAGCCGUUGCUGGGACCAGUCCGGACGAAAAACUGUUCGCCUUUUGAAGGCGUGAAGGAAAUAGAAUAGAUCAAGC